AUCGAACGUGUAUUCCUUGCGGAGGACACCUACACGAGGUUACGCCAUGCUGCUCGGUGGAAUGUCUCAUCCUUGUCUUAGAAUGAUGUCUAGCCCUUUUCAGAAUAAGCAAACAAGAUUGACGGCCAGACGGUGGAAUAGGCGGCGCAAGGGGGUGUAUGCAUGGGUGUCAUGAGCCAGAGCUCGCAUAUUAGGCAGUCGUGCGUUAACAUCGCAGCUCUGAUGUCUGCGCCUUUUUUGAUGCCUCGUCUGCGUCCUUCAUCGAUAUACCUAUGCUGGCCUAAACGAUGGGCUGGGUCCACCAUGCCGCUCCAGAGGUCGAAGACCAGUCCCGGUAUCGUCAGAUUCUAGGUGUCUGUCUCAGCUUAACUGUUCUGAUGGUCAUUACCGUCAGCCUGCGGCUGGGUCUCCGGGCGCACGCUCGUCGACUGGGCGCUGCGGACUAUGUGAUGGUGGUGAGUAUGCUGUUCAGCGUCAUCUACAGCGCCCUAUGUAUCUCUCAAAGCAGAUACGGGCUGGGACUACCACUCCACCUGCGCCCGAAAGAAAACCUCCCAAUCUACAAAAAGCUUAAUUAUGCCGGCCGACCCUUCUACCAGAUCGGCAUCGCCGGCUUCAAAGCCUCGCUCUGCCUCAGCUACCUACGCCUCCUCACCAAAACAUCACUAUCCAUCUACCGAAUCCUCAUCUGGACGGUGCUCAUUAUCUCGACAGCGGGCCACAUUGCUGGCGCAUUGGCCCUACUCUUCAACUGUCAUCCUGUCCAACUAGCCUGGCGAACAGACAUCACAGGCACCUGCCUCCCGGUCGGAGGCACAUUCUACGGCCUAGCCAUCUUCACUAUCAUCUGCGACCUCAUGAUCAUCUUCCUACCGAUCCCGCUCCUGCUCCGCCUGAAGAUCAAGCCCGCCCAGAAAGCCGGCGUCGUGUGCCUGUUCCUCCUCGGACUGUUCACGACCAUCUGCUCCAUCAUGCGACUAACCCAAAUUCACCGCGUGGCCUACGGGGACGGAAACUCCACUGCACUGGUGCUUUGGGGGACGAUCGAGUUUAACGUGGGUAACAUCAUCACCUGCAUUCCCUACUUAGCACCGUUGCUAAAGGGGCUGGUGCACGAUUUCCGAUCGAAUAGCAAAGCGUACGAGAGUCAGGGCCAUUAUGUUUUGGAAUCGUGGAAGGAUCCGCGAUCGCAGUUACGAUCGACUGCGUCCGCGCCGAGGCGAACGCCCAGCGAGGAGCUAAUCAUGGAUAGCGUGGCGCCUGGGCAUGGGGGGAUCGAGAUGACGGUGGAGGUGCGGGUGUCGCUGGAGCGCAAGUUGUCGAGGGGAGUUUAAUCAUGCAUAACAGGGUUGAUUAAGACGGUUCAUUUGUCAGAGUAUCGUAGCAUGAGUCUUUUAUUUGCUCGGCAGACGGCCAGCGUAAGCACUAAUAUCGCGUUGAAGCAAGGGGGGUAUGGUUAAGAUUCCGAGGAUAUCCGCAAAUACGACCUCGUCCGACGGAGCAUCCGUUCACUAGGCAGGGGUCGGGCAUCCUCAAGGAAGGCAACUGAUAAUCAGGGCUCGUGCUAUAUGCACUCAACACCAGGUAAUCUGCCGG